AUGAAUUUACUUCUUUCCGACGACUACCUGCUCCAGGACUAUCCAGAGAGCAUCACGAGUACCAUUCGAUCGGGUCAUGCGACCUUUCUACGAUUUAAUCGCAAGGGCGACUACCUCGCAUCUGGGCGCGUCGAUGGAACCGUGGCUGUCUGGGAUUUAGAGACCAUGGGCGUAGCGAGGAAGCUACGCGGUCACAACAAGAGCAUCACAUAUCUCAGCUGGUCUAGAUGUGGUCGGUACUUGCUCUCUGCGUGCCAGGGGUGGAGAGCCAUUCUAUGGGACUUGAAAGACGGCAGUAGAUUUCGCGAGGUGCGCUUCCGCGCCCCUGUAUACAUGGCUGAGCUUCACCCGUGGAACAGCUUUCAAUUUGUCGCCGCUGUGUUUGAAGAGCAACCUGCUCUAGUCGAUGUGUCCGAGCCCGUUGAUGUCAAGCGCGUACUCCCUUCAGCACCGAAACGAGCGACUGCCGACGAGCGACAGGCAAAAGAGGACGCCAAACAAAUGACUACAUCAGCGGUCUGGACCAUGUCCGGCGACCAUAUUCUUGCUGGAACCAGCAAAGGGAAAAUAAAUAUAAUCGAUGCCAAAACGCUCGAAAUCAUCUACUCAGAAAAGAUUUGCGCCGGCGCGAUCACGACACUACGAACCACAGGUUCCGGCCGUGACCUUUUGGUUAAUUCACAGGAUCGCAUCAUUCGCACGCUAAGGAUACCAAAUCUUUCUGCCCAAGAUCUCGAUCCCGAUACGAUACAAAUACCGGUCGAGCAUAAGUUCCAAGACGUCGUCAACCGCCUGUCAUGGAAUCACGUCACAUUCAGCGCAACAGGCGAAUAUGUUGCUGCAUCUACAUAUAACAACCAUGAGCUCUAUGUUUGGGAGCGCAACCAUGGAAGUCUAGUCUGCAUGCUCAAAGAUCCUAAAGAGGAGCAGGGUGUUAUUGAAUGGCACCCUGGCCGUGCAAUGCUCGCAGCCUGUGGAUUGGAGACUGGCAGAAUAUACAUUUGGUCAGUCAUCAGCCCGCAAAAGUGGUCGGCACUGGCGCCCGAUUUUGCCGAAGUCGAGGAGAACGUCGAGUACAUCGAGAAAGAGGACGAGUUUGAUCUAUAUGCGCAGGAAGAGAUUCAUCGCCGGCGUCUAGAUGCAGAGGACGAGGAGGUGGAUGUCAUGACAAACGACCAGUUGAAGAUCGAGGCCGAGAUGGACGGUGACGAGUUUCGUAUGCCAGUUCUGUUUACUCUGGGUGAAAGCGAUAGCGAGGAUGAGUUCAUAGCCGUUUCGACAGGGACCAUGAGGAGGCGAAGUCCCGGAGACGACCAGUCUGAUUCGCACGGGGGAGCCGAGUUGGUGCCGCCAAAACGGGGUCCGGCCAAGGGCGGACGCAGUAAGCGAAAGUAG